GGGUGGUUAUGAAUUUCAUCAUGUCCUGCGUCAAUUCACAGUCUCACCUUAGCUUUCGAAUAUUUAUGCUCUUUUUGAGUUCCUAACUAGUUAGUGUGUGUUAGAGACGACAACAAUGAAGACACCAUUUAUGCUACCAUGUCGUCGGUGGUGGUUGAUGGCGGUGGUGAUAAUAGAAGUUGCAUUGAUUUUAGAGUCGGCCAUGUCAGAUCCAGAAAUCAAUCUUCUGAACAAAGGUUGCAGUCAGUACAACGCGACAAAUCUCUCAGAUUUUUUCAGCAACCUGAACGCGACAUUCUCAGGCCUGAGGAAUCAGAUAUCGAGCCAAAACAAAAAGUUUGCGACAGCACAGCAGGCAAGGACAUCGGACCCUGUCUAUGCCAUGGUUCAGUGCAGGGACUACCUCUCUGUGGCCGACUGCGUGUCCUGUUUGGAUGCUGCUGUCUCUCAGAUUCGCAACUGCUCCGCCGCCAACGGUGCUCGUGUCAUUUAUGAUGGCUGCUUCCUCAGGUUAGGCUUGCAUAUACAUUUCUCCCACCUUAUAAAUUUCUCAUCUUUACAUAGUUUGCAGAGUAUGUGCCAAAUUCCAUCUUUUCUUAUCAUUGAACAGGGUACUCUGAAAAAUGGAAAUAUAAUUGCAGUGAAGAAACUAGCUCUAAGUUCGAGUAGAGCAAAGGCUGAUUUCGAAAGUGAAGUGAAGCUUAUUAGUAAUGUGCAUCACCGAAAUCUCAUCCGACUUCUAGGGUGUAGCAACAAAGGGCCAGAACUACUACUUGUCUAUGAGUACAUGGCAAAUGGAAGUCUUGAUAGGUUCUUAUAUGGUGAAAGAAGAGGUGCCUUGAACUGGAAACAACGGUUUGAGAUAAUAUUUGGGACAGCCCGGGGUCUUGCCUAUCUUCAUGAGCAAUUCCAUGUUUGUAUCAUACAUCGAGAUAUAAAAUCCAGCAAUAUUCUACUAGAUGAUGAUUUCCAACCCAAAAUAGCUGAUUUUGGAUUGGCAAGGCUUCUACCUGAGGAUCAAAGUCAUCUUAGCACCAGAUUUGCCGGGACCUUGGGUUAUACAGCACCAGAAUAUGCCAUCCAUGGACAGUUGUCUGAGAAGGUUGAUACUUACAGCUUCGGUGUUGUUGUCCUUGAAAUCAUAAGUGGCCGAAAGUGUAAUGAAAUGAAGGUCGAAUCUACUGAAUUUCUCCUUGAACAGGCAUGGAAGCUGUAUGAGGAUGACAUGCAUUUGAAGUUGGUGGAUGAUAGCAUGAAUGAGUACAGAGAGGAAGAGGUGAAGAAAGUGAUAGAGAUUGCUUUGAUGUGCACUCAAUCGCCAGUUUCUGUAAGGCCAACAAUGUCUGAAGUAGUUGUUUUGCUUGUAAGUGAGCGCUCAAUUGAGCUGACAAGGCCAACAAGGCCUACCUUAAUUGACAAUGAUAAGAAGAUUCGUGAGGAGGCAACCGCUGCCACUGGUCCAUCAACAUCCGAUGCCACUGCAUCUUUCACCGAGUUUACAGGUCGCUAGAUAGCUUGAUAAUUGUCCUCAAAACUAUGUAUAAUGUGUAGCAAUUGUUCAUGAUCAAUUUUCAAGCCAUUUCAGUUCCACAACCUUAUAUUGGACGACAAAUACAUGUAUACUUAAUUCUUGUAAUCAUGUUUGCAGAACUAUUAGGUAUUUGGGUAAAAUUUGAGUUAGUUUGAGAAA